AUGGCGGACUUGUCUCCCCCUGCGCACCUGCUUGCCGGAGUAGAGCAGUUUGUGUGGUCCACUUACAUGGUCGCAAGAGAGUUCCCGUUUACCAUUCUCCCUCUAAUUCUGGUCUCCUUCGUCAGCUUGGGCGUGUUCGCUUUCCUUGUCGUCCUUCACAUCAUCGCACCCAAGCCCCGUGCUCCGUUCCCCUCCGAAAAGACAUACAUCACGACCACUCCCGAUGGCAUCACCUCCCGACCUUUGCCAUGCUGGUUCGACCGAUGGGAUGCUGAGCGCAAGCUGAGCGAGGCCGCUGCCUCUAGCAAGGAUGCCUUUGACGUCCCGGACACUGGGUCAGUGGAGCCUGCAGAAGUCGAAGUGUCCGUCGUGAUCCCAGCGUACAACGAGGAGAAGCGCAUACUUCCCGCCCUGGAAGAGGCAAUCGAUUACCUUGACACCAGGUUUGGCCGGCCCACCAGCGAAGACAAGAAGAAGCGCGUCGGCAGCCCCCCUACAACGCCCCAUCACCGACAGGUGUUCAGGAAAACCAGGCAGGACAACACCACGGGCGGGGAGGCGGCCGGCUACGAGAUCAUCAUCGUCAACGACGGCAGCCGCGACAAGACAGUCGACGUCGCCCUCGACUUCAGCCGCAAGCACAACCUCCACGACAUCCUGCGCGUGGUGAACCUGGAGAAGAACCGCGGCAAGGGCGGCGCGGUGACGCACGGGUUCCGGCACGUGCGGGGCCAGUACGUGGUGUUCGCGGACGCGGACGGGGCGUCCAAGUUCAGCGACCUGGGGCGGCUGGUGGAGGGGUGCGAGGACGUGGUGGACGCGAGCAACCGGGGCGUGGCGAUCGGCAGCCGCGGGCACCUGGUGGGCAGCGACCAGGUGGUGCAGCGGUCGGCGCUGCGCAACUUCCUCAUGAAGUCGUUCCACUUCGUGCUCAUGAUCCUGACCCCGCCCGCCACCUCGCGCAUCCGCGACACCCAGUGCGGCUUCAAGCUCUUCUCGCGCGCCGCCCUGCCCCACAUCGUCCCCUACAUGCACAUGGAGGGCUGGAUCUUCGACAUCGAGAUGCUCAUGCUCGCCGAGUCCGCCCCGCCCACGCCCGUCAUCGCCAGCGACGGCUCUGUCAUUGGGAUGGUACCCGGGAUACGUGUCGCCGAGGUUCCCAUUGACUGGCAUGAGGUCGAGGGUACUAAGAUGAACAUUAUCAAGGACAGCAUCGGCAUGGCGCUGGGCAUGGUCAUCUUGCGAGGCAGCUGGAUGUUUGGCGUGUACCGGCGACGCAUCACUUGA